AUUUUAACGAAUCUUAAUAAAUUUUAAUGAAAGGGGAUCAAUUAAAAGAUAUUUUCAGCAAAAUAUUUCAAUAACGUUUUUCCAUCGGGAACAGCUAAUAUUCUUUUAUUAUGCGUCGAGCUCAAGUAUUGAAAAGAUUAUUAUACAUAUAUAUAAACAUACAUAUGUUAUUCAAUAAGGAAAUGAUAAUUAGCGCCCUCUUUGACACAGAUGCAUGUGUGAAUGUAUCGAUGUUACAGCCCUGUAUUUGUUGAUACAAAACUAACCUAUAGCGCAAUUUUUCUCUCUAUCGAUCCUUACAUUUGUCGAAACGUCAUCAUUGGACGCCUACCGAUGGUGCUUCUGUCGAGAAAUUGACGCAGGAUGACGAAAUGCGAAUUAAAUCAGAUAUUUCUAGGCGAAGUCGCGUCCGUGCAAAAUUACGGAGCCUUCGUCAGAAUACCGGGUACCUCACAGCAGGGCUUGAUACACAGGUCGCAGGUAAGCACAGCUCAUGUCGACAAUGUUGCAGAGGUCUUGCAAAAGGGUGAACGGAUUUGGUGUAAGGUGAUCUCUGUGGGGGAGGAUGGCAAGGUAGGGUUGUCCAUGAAACACGUGAAUCAGGGAAACGGCACAGACCUGGAUCCCAACGGCAUCGAAUUACAAAGGGAUAUUCAAAGGCGAAAGAAUCCAGGAACCACACAGCGUAAGGUCAUACAGCUGGAAGCGGUGCUGAACACCACAUGUGUCAAGUGUGGCACCAAAGGACACUUGUCCAAGGAUUGCUUCAUGUCCCCCGAUGGCAAGAAGUAUGAACUGAUCCCAGAAAUCGAGGAAGACAGUGUCCCAAAUAGCGAACCAAACAGCGAGAACACUGAGAAGAAGAUGGAGAAGAAGCAUAAAUCAAGAAAAAAGAAGAGAAAGUCAAAGAGGAGCAAGCAAUCUACCGACGACAGUGAUACAGAGGACGUGGAGAAGAGCAAAAAAAGGAAGAAGAAAAUUUCCAAAGAACGCAAAAAGCACAGGAAGAAAUGCAGCAGCAGCUCCAGCAGAAAUUCUUCGGACAGCUCGUCGUCUGACAUAAAAGCUCACAAGCGGAAACACUCGGAGAGUCACGAGACUCGUACCAAAAAAUGCAAACAUUCUAAGACCAGGCAUUCAGAUUGAUCGACAUCGACCGAAAUUUUUUUUCUAGCUGUAUUGAAUUUUAUUUUGAUAUUAUACCCUCUCUGUUUUUUACGUUGUAUGUGGCUUGUAUAUAAAAUAUGCUAAGAUUAUAAUUGUAAUUUUUAAACGUUCAAAUUGAUGAAUAAAUCUUCAUCAAUCAUAAAAAUUAAA